GCUUUCUUCUCAGUAUUUUUGGGAUAUCUGAAAACGAAAACCGAUGUAGAUGAAGCAACCGAUGAAGCAUGGCUUCAUCUCGGUAAAACGUUUUCCGAUGAGUGCUUGGAGCAUCUGAAGAAUCUUGGAUUACCUCACUAA